UAAUAACACACAUUCUACCAAUUGUCUUGAUGUCAUAAGCAAGUCUCAACGUUAUCUCCUCAGGUUUAUAUGAAGAUAUAGUAUGAAGAUGGAGACAGCGCGAACCAAGCAAUGGCCACAAUACUUAGCGGCACUUACCGCGACAAUAUCGCUGGCCAUAACCGGUUCUCAUAUCGGUUGGACAUCACCGACACUGCCGUACCUGAAAGGAGACAAUUCUCACGUGCCAAUAACGUCUGACGAGGCGUCUUGGGUCGCGUCAUUUUACCUCCUGGGAACGGUGCCGGGGAACAUAAUCGCGGCGUUCCUGGUCGACAGAUAUGGUCGGAAACGAAGCUUACUGGGGUCUGGAGUACCGCUCUUCCUCGGCUGGGUCCUGAUCCUGGUCGCGGACAAUCGGCACGUCCUCUACGCCUCACGGUUCAUAAGCGGGCUGGGACAAGGCCUCGUCUACGUCGUCUGCCCGAUGUACAUCGGCGAGAUAGCCGAUAGCGAUAUCCGGGGAGCCCUCGGCUCUUUCAUGAAGCUGAUGGUGACCCUCGGCGAGCUCUACGCUCAUGCCAUCGGCCCCUUCGUCUCCUACGAGAUCCUCGCUGGCCUUUGUGCCAUCCUGCCUCUACUCUUCGUCCUGAGUUUCUCCUGGAUGCCCGAGUCUCCGUACUUCUUUCUGAUGCACGAACGACGCGCCGAGGCCGAGGCCAGUCUGAUGCGUCUGAGAGUCUACGCCUCGAGGUCCGACCUGGACCGCGACAUCGAGGAGAUUAACCAAGCCAUGAUCAAGGAUCUGUCCAGCCGUGGUGGCACCCGGCAGCUCAUCGAUACCCCAGGAAAUCGGCGGGCCGUUAUCGCAAGUUUUGGCCUCCAGCUCGUCCUCCAGUUCAGCGGACUCGCAGCCAUCGAGUCUUACACUCAGGAAAUAUUCGCCGAGAGUGAGUCUGGCCUCUCCGCAGGUCUCGCCGUCAUAAUCCUCGGCGUCUUUCAGCUCGCAGCUGGCGUUGCAGCCGCCAUAUUGGUUGACCGGAUGGGCCGUAGGCCGCUCCUUAUCGCCACGACCACCGCUGCUGGAAUCGCCCUUGCCGCGAGCUGCAGCUUUUAUUUCCUUAAGCUCGGCGUCGGCGUCGACGUCCAAGGGACAGGGUGGGUCCUCGACGGCUCGGUUAUGAUGUACGAACUGGCCGUAGCUCUGGGCCUAAGUCCCCUUUCGUACAUGAUGCUGGGAGAGCUUUUUCCCACCAACGUUAAGGGCGUCGCCGUCACCCUUGCCAACGUCUGGGCAGCCCUGCUAGCAUUUUUUGUCUCCAAGAUGUAUCAGGUACUUUCCGAUAAUUUUGGCGUCUACGUUUCGUUCGCUUGGUUCUCGUUGAGCUGCUUUAUUGGCAUCGUUUUUAUAGCCUUUUUUGUACCCGAAACUAAGGGCAAGUCUCUUAAUCAAAUUCAAGAUCAACUCAACGGUCGUAAGGUUGUUGAGAAAAGUGCUAUCGCGGCAUAAUUUUCACGGAGAUCGUUAGUCGAUCUUUGGAGGCGAGGCAUUUAAAGGCUGCGAAUUUUAGUAAAUAUCGAUUCUCAAUACCGUAUUGAAUGAUUAUAAUUAGGAUUAAUUAUCGUU